AUGUCGCCUGUAACAGGUAGUACAGCAAAAAAAACCACCACAGCUAAGACGACGACAACAAAAACGUCUUCAUCAACAGGUAAAACGGCAGGUGGUGUACCUAAAAAAGGCAAAAAGAAAAUAGCCGCUGCACCACUUAAAUCAAAAGCUGAAGCAAAAAAACUUGUCAAUCCAUUAUUUGAAAAACGAGCAAAAAAUUUUGGUAUUGGUCAAGAUAUUCAACCAAAACGCGAUUUAACACAACAAGCGAAAAGUGGUAAACCAGAUAAACCAACAAAACGACCAAAUGGUAUUCGUAGCGGAAUGAAUACUGUUACAGCAUUAGUUGAAAAAAAGAAAGCACAAUUGGUUCUUAUUGCUCAUGAUGUUGAACCAAUAGAACUUGUUCUUCAUUUACCAACAUUAUGUCGUAAAAUGGGUGUUCCAUAUUGUAUUGUUAAAGGCAAAGCACGACUUGGACGUCUUGUUCAUUUAAAAACAUGUUCUUCAUUAGCUUUAACUGAUGUUAAUUCUGAAGAUAAAUCUGGUUUAAAUAAACUUAUUGAAGCUGUUAAAACUAAUUUUAAUGAUCGUUUUGAUGAAUUACGUCGUCAUUGGGGUGGUGGUGUUUUAGGUAAUAAAUCUCAAGCACGUAUUAAUCGACUUGAACGUCUUAAAGCUCGUGAAGCAGCACAUCAAAGAAAUACUUAA